AUGGGGCUCUGUGCGGCACGGGGUAUGACCGCGGAGGACCGUGAGCAGGAGAAGGUCGCUGAGUUCGUGCGGUAUGCCAUCACUUCCGAUCUCGUGAAGCUGCAAGAGAUGAUUGUCAAAAAGAAAAUGAAUCCAAACGCGAAAGACGUACCGCGACAGACUCCAAUGGGCGCAAUGCGCUGCAUCACGCUUGCCGAAAGGAUCACGACGAGGUGGUGCGCUACUUGGUAA